AUGAAUCGUAUCUUCGGACGAGGGAAACCCAAAGGACCGCCACCAAACCUGACGGACUGUAUAUCAGGCGUUGACUCACGAGCGGAGUCUGUCGAUAAGAAGAUAGCCAGACUCGAUGCCGAACUGAUGAAAUACAAAGAUCAAAUGAAGAAAAUGAGGGAUGGCCCAUCAAAGAACAUGGUGAAACAGAAAGCCAUGAGAGUCCUCAAACAGAAGAGAAUGUAUGAAGGGCAGAGAGAUCAGUUGAUGCAGCAGUCAUUUAACAUGGAACAAGCAAACUACACCAUCCAGACUCUAAAAGACACCAAGACCACUGUGGAGGCGAUGAAAAUUGGUGCCAAAGAAAUGAAAAAAGCAUACAAGAAUGUUAAAAUUGAUCAGAUUGAGGAUCUGCAAGACCAGUUGGAGGACAUGAUGGAAGAUGCUAAUGAAGUGCAAGAAGCUCUUAGCCGCAGCUAUGGGACACCAGACAUCGAUGAAGAUGACCUUGAAGCAGAGCUGGAUGCACUUGGUGAUGAACUCCUUUUGGACGAUGACAAUUCCUAUCUGGAUGAGGCUUCUUCUGCUCCAGCUAUACCCGAAGGAGUACCAGGAGACAGAACCACGAAUCGGGAUGGAGUACUGGUGGAUGAGUUUGGCCUUCCUCAGAUUCCAGCUACAUAAUGGAACAAAAUGACAAUACAGCCCAAACCCUUAAAAGAUUUGGACAAAUAUCUUCAAACAUAAACACUGGGACAGACCUUCAAUGUCAAGAUUUAAUCUUUUUUUUUUGUCUAGAUCUACUUCUGAUUAUAAUCUUUUGCUUCAUAAGAAAUCUAUCCAUGUUAUCUUUUAACAAUCAUUGGGUUUUUUGUUGGUUGGUUUAAUUUUGACUGUGUAGAUAUGAUUUAUUUUCUGAAGGAUAUACACCAGUAGGUGGUUUACUUUGUACUGCAAUACACUUUAUUGAAAGCAUAAAUAAAUAAUUUACAUACCACAUUUCUGUACAAGCAAAAAACAAACUUCUGUAUACAUAAUCCUAAUGAAUUGUAGUUCAAUAUGUAAUCCAGAUAUCACCAGCUGAGUCUGUAGCUGUGAGGGAAAAUCUUCUUGUGCAGAUAUUCCACAACCUCUUUUUUAUCCUUGAGUUUCUCAAAUUCAUAGUAUGAAAUCUAGAGAGAGAGAGUAAAACGAAGGCCAUUAUGGAGCAUACACUAGUUUGAAUUGUGCAAAGUGCUUUACAAAAUAUAAAAAUUUAUGAAAAGCAAUACACAAUGUGUGAACAAAAUUCACAAGAUACCAAUCCAGCACCGUCCCCGAAACCCCAACCAAUGUUUUCAAUGUAUUAAUUAAAAUACAGUGGUCAACUGGAUCAAAAGCUGCUGUCAAAUCACAUAGAACUGAAACUGAACAUUCUCCAGCAUCCUCUGCAAUCAAUAAAUCAUUUGUUAUUCGUAAAAGGGCAGUUUCAGUGCUAUGAUCAGCUCUAAACCCAGACUGAUAUUUCUCAACAAUUUCUUUGGCCGCUGCCUUUUUCUAUAAUUUUUUGGAAUGAAUGGUAGUUUAGAGAUAGGCCUGCAAUUAUUUACCACUGCAGGACAUAAUGAAGGCUUCUUCAGGAUCGGUUGGAAUGUAGCGAUCUUUAGCUCCUCCGGAACACAUCCAGAAAUAAGAGAACUAUUCACUAUAGACUGUAGAAUAGAACCUUUAGUUCCUGCCACUUCUUUAAACAGUCUUACAGGAACCACGUCUUUAAAACAACUGGAAUGUUUCAGCUUUUGCACAAUCUCACAAAUAUCGUGCUCUGAUACAGAUAAAAAAAAACAAUCCCCCAAUACCUCCCUAUAACCUGGAGUGUCCUAAUAGAACUUGACACAAUACUAGUCUGAGGGUUUGCCAAAUUAUUAAUUAUAUUAAACAGAAACCUAAAAUUGCUAUAGUUGGUGUUAAUUAAAUUGGAAAAAUAAGCAGAUCUCGCAUCUUUAACUGUCUUGUUAAAAAAACACCAAUAAACCCUUCCAACGCUCAA